UGAAAUUUUAUAACGUCAAAAUUGUCAAAUAUCAGAUGUUCAUCUUGUUGGGUAAUCACACGAAAACAUUUAUUUUCGUAGCUUGAAGAAAAAGACAGCAACAAUGUUUAAAGCAUUAAGUGCGACGACAAGGUUGUCUAGAACCACCCUAUCCAGGGCUUUGCCUUCUUUUUCAACUUCAUCUGCACGCUUAGCUACCGAAGACCCUUUCAGUAAAAAAGAAGCUCCAAUUAUUGAUAACGAAACUGUGCUUGCUCUGCCGGAAGAAAUCAAAGAGAAAACUGUCCAUGAUGCUACUAUAUCAGUUUCAACUAAGGUUGAUGUUUCUCCUAUAACCGGUGUUCCUGAGGAGCAUAUCAAAACACGAAGAGUUCGCAUUUACCAACAGCCCAAGAAUGCGAUGCAAAGCGGUACCAGUAAUAUUCACCACUGGGAAAUGGAAUUUGAUACACGCCAACGAUGGGAAAAUCCCCUGAUGGGCUGGACCUCAACUGGAGACCCAUUGUCCAACAUGAAAAUUCAAUUUGCAACACCAGAUGAAGCAAUAGAACACUGUGAAAAGAAUGGCUUAAUCUGGUACUUGGAUGUACCUAAGGUUCAAAAAGAGUUAAAACCCAAGAACUAUGGAUUAAAUUUCUCAUGGAAUCGUCGUACCAGAGUCUCUACCAAGUAGAUCAUCAAACCCAGAAUAGCAAUAUUUAAUUGUAUUUGUAGAUGUGUUACAAAAGUAAUUUCAGUUAACGGUUUGACUAAAAUUACUAGUGUAAAAUUUUUACUAUAAUUAAUGUAAUUAGUCUCCUUGAUUAAACAUUGUCAAUAGCAAAUUA